GAAAGUUAAACCGAAUACAUAUCAAAGACCUGAAACCCGUGCCCAGAAAUUAAUACUGUUUAAAUUUAAAAUAGUCCCAGAACACAUGCCCCGAUUUCUCAUACUAACGUUUUGUUUCUUUGUUAACAGAAUGUCCGAAAAAGAGAACCGCAGCACCGACACCUUGGUCGCCGACCUAGACCGGGCCGCAAAGGGGCUGGUCUUAUCCCCAACGCUGGAAGACUGGGAUAUGGGGGACCUCCCCAUCACCCCGGAACGGCCGAUAACCCCUAGGGUUCUCGCACCGUCACCUAGGCCACCAACCGGAACAGCCGCCGGCGUGGCCCUGCCGACCCCAGCGGCCAUCUGCCCCUCGGCCGCCGCCGGCGUGGCCCUGCCGACACCAGCGGUCAUCUGCCCCUCAGCCGCCGCCAGCGUGGCCCCGCCAAACACCACUGGGGAACCGGCCAGCACUUUCCGACCCCCGACUUCCGGCAGCCGUCCCAGGAGGGCCCUAUUUCGGGGGAAAGCUGCGGCGGGGCGCUGCCGGGUGCCCGCGGACUUGGUGACGGCAUUCGUGGGUUAUCCGAAGGGCAUCCGGAUGGAGGCGGACGGGGCGUUCCUCCCCGUCGACCUGCCGUCGGGACUCUGCUGGAGGUGCGGGCGUCCCGGCCACGACCGUGCAAGAUGCUCAACAAGCUACCCGAGUCUGCGGUACUGCAGCCGUUGUGGACGGGUGGGGGUGCGGUCGGCGGACUGCUGCCGGCGAAGGGAGCGCACCGAAACACCCGCCGCCCGGACCCAAGAUGUUGCCGCGCUCGCUCCGAUGACGACUCCCGCUCCGAUGACGACUCCCGCUCCAGUGGCGACUCCCGCUCCGGUGGCGACCCCCACUCCGGCCGUGGUGCCUGAGACCGGUGCCCUGCCCAACCCCGCAGAAUCCGGCACACCCUUUCCAACAUUUUGUUGGAGCUGCGGGGUGCGGGUAAUCCGCCCCCAAUAA